AUGACGAAUACUACCACCACUUUUGAUUUCGAGCUCCCCUUCUUCUUUGACACCAGGACUUUGGAAACUGAUUACUACAUUGGAUUGGCUAAUGAGUUGGCAGACUGGAAAAGCAUUCCCUGGCGCAUUGAAAUGAAGGAUGUGGUCUAUGCGUUGACCAACUUUUAUGGUGCUUAUGUGUUUUUCUAUCAAUACCAACCACAGGGUUUGCUGAAGCAACUCAUGGCUUAUGCCUGUGCGAUUGGUCAGCUCGGUGGGAUCAUGUGGCACUUGACCAGUGAAUCCAUUGAUGACUUGGUGUUUGUUCAAAUGACAGUCUUUCCAAUUGUCUUCUUUCUCUUUGAUGCCCUCUUGACAAGCCCAAAGCCUCAAAAAUACCUCCUUCUUUUGACCAACUUGUUGCUGUAUGUAGUGGAUAUGCAAAGUCCACCAUCCAGUGAACCAGGAUUUCACACCGUUCACAUUGCAACCCACCUCAUCAAGACUGUUUGGCACUACCAAUUGAUCGGACUCCAGGAUGCGCGUCCGCUGGGAACUGCUGGUGGCAAGAAAAGGAUUUAG